AUGGGAAAACAAAUUUGUAAAAUUUGCUACAACAGAAUAAAGAAGCCUGUACUUUUGAACUGUGGGCAUGCCUUUUGUGCUUCCUGCGUGUAUGACUUCUUAAAGAAAAACACGAAAUGCCCAAUUUGUCAAAAACCGAUCAACCCGUCAAAAAUUGUUUACAUAUUCCCCAUUUCUGAGCACCAAGAACCAGAUGAUGACACAAGGUUUAACUUUGCAGAGGAUUUCAGGAACCUUGCAACUUUAGAACCAAAUAAUAAACAUUUAGUAAUAAAUGAAGACAUAUUUUCUGUCAGCAUAUAUAAUGAUGAAGAAACUGAAGAGCAAAUUACAAUACAAGACGAACAAAAUCAAAACAAUGAUUUGCACCUUGAAACUCAAGAAAUUUUUGAUGAUUUACCUGAUCAAAACGUAAACAAUGAUGCAACUCUAAAUGAAAAUGCUACCGGAAAUGAAAUUAAUGAUACUGAAAACCAAGAAAUUCCUGACCAAAUAGAAAAUGAAGAAAAUCAACAAGAUAUCAGACCAAAUGAGGUAACAAUAGGCUUACAAUAUACAAAUAACUAUACACAACCACAACAACAAGAAAAUACAGAAGUAAAUGAAAAAUUAAACACGACAUUACAAACAGAUAGGCCUAAUGACCCUUCAGAAGAUUGUUCCGAUGAUCCCCCUAUACAAAAUAAUACUUUCCAAGAUAAUCAAAUAAGAAUUGAAAUUAAUGAGGCUGAAGAUCGAAUUGAUAUCAUUCCUCAGCCAAAUCCCCAAUUUCCAAAUCGUAAGCUACAGCUACAAACGCUUUUACAAGAAGAAAUCAAGAAAAUAAUUAUGCCUCAAUUAAAAACUAACUACGAGCUUGUUAUCGAAUACUAUAAAAACCAAGAAGCAACAAAUGAUGACGAUGAAAGAAGAAAAAUCGAUCCGAAAUUAAGCAUCGAAAUUAUUGAAAACGGAAUUAAAAAUGACAAGUCCCCACGACUUCCCAAAGAAGAUAACUGGAUUUUGUUUAUAUUCCAAUCAAUUUUCAGUGUUUCUUUUCUUGUAUCUCUUACAUCUUUUGGAAUGACCGGUGCUGGCCCUGCAAUUUUCUAUGUGAUCGUCACUUUAUUCAAUUCUAUAUUCCAAAUGUUAAUGUAA